GUGAGCCUGUUGACACCGCCCCUCCGGAGGGUGCAGCGGGACCGUCACCAGCCAACUGUCGGUUAGGUCUGCUGGCUGGCUGUAAACAAAUCUCUACAACAGCGCGAUGUACGGAAUAUACCUGUGUCCGGGGGUGAUAACGGUGCUUACGGUGGUAACCAUGUAAACUGCAACCACGGGUUACAGUAGUGGAACGUUACGACGGUCGGUGGUUGCCAGAACUGUCAGUGCUUUAGUCGGUGGUUUCACAGGUAUUUUUCGGUGCUAUGGUUGUCAUAAUGGUCACCCGGUGAUUUGUACAUCAAAGCUAGCUCGCUAACCCUUAGCUAACCGUACAAAUCUGGCACCUUUGACACCACUACCUAUUAUAAUACCAGAUAUACGUGAACAUGGCAGCAGCAGAGCACGACCUGGCUCUGUCUGAGGCGGACAGCAGCAAGGAGAAAGCUCAGGUGUUUGGGGUUUUGAGGCUACAAGAGGAGAAAUCUGGUGUUGUUGGGGAUAAAGCUAGCAGCACGGUGAGAGGAGGAGACGGGCGAUGGCAGGCUCCUAUCUUCGCUUUGGCCAGGAAAGCAUCGGAGACCAUUUCAGGGAGCAUUCACGUCCUGCCCAAAGUGACGGAGCACAGGACGUCUCUGCCCGGAGAUUGGUCCGUCCAAGCACUGCGAGACCCCAUGGCGAUGGAGCGAACCAACCUGCUAAACAUGGCCAAGCUAAGCAUUAAAGGGCUGAUUGAGUCAGCUCUGAGCUUUGGACGAACUCUGGACUCAGACUACCCCCCUCUCCAGCAGUUCUUUGUUGUCAUGGAGCACUGCCUCAAACAUGGCCUCAGAGUGAAGAAGUCAUUUCUGGGCUUCAACAAGUCGCUGUGGGGUCCUCUGGAGCUGGUGGAAAAACUUUGUCCUGAAGCAGCAGAGAUCUCCGCCUCUGUACGAGACCUGCCUGGACUUAAGACUCCAUUAGGCAGGGCUAGAGCUUGGUUGCGUCUCGCUCUCAUGCAGAAACGGCUGGCCGACUACCUGCGACUCCUCAUCACCAGAAAAGAUCUGUUAAGUGACUUCUAUGAGAACUCAGCGCUGAUGCUAGAGGAGGAGGGGGCCGUGAUAGUGGGCCUGCUGGUGGGCCUGAACGUCAUCGAUGCUAACCUGUGUGUCAAAGGCGAGGACCUGGACAGUCAGGUUGGAGUGAUUGACUUCUCUAUGUACUUGAAGAAUGACAUUGAUGAUUACCGGAGCGAAGAAAGGAAUAGCCAGAUAUCGUCCAUCUUGGAUCAGAAGAACUACGUAGAGGAACUGAACCGACAACUCAACUCCACAGUUCACGGUCUUCAGGGCAGAGUGGACUCUCUAGAGAAGUCCAACUCUAAACUCAUAGAGGAGUUAGCCAUAGCCAAGAACAACAUCAUCAAACUGCAGGAAGAAAACCAGCAGCUGAGGAGUGAAAACACCCUAAUUGUGCUGAAGACACAACAACAUUUAGAGGUCACCCAGGGUGAUGCGUCAGUGGAGAGAGACACAUACAAACAGUCUCGUCAGGGUUUGGAUGAGAUGUUCAGCGAGGCUCAGCGGCAACUGAAGGAGGAGUGUCAGCUUAGACAGGAUGUGGAGAAUGAGCUGGUCGUCCAAAUGUCCAUGAAACAGGAAAUGGAGUUGGCUAUGAAACUACUGGAGAAAGAUAUUCAUGAAAAGCAGGACACACUGAUCGGACUGAGACAUCAGCUGGAUGAAGUCAAAGUCAUCAAUGUGGAGAUGUACCAGAAGAUGCAGUCGUCAGAUGAUGAGAUGAAGAAGAAGAACGACGUGAUCACUCGUCUGGAGGAGAAGACCAAUCAGAUCACUGCCACCAUGAAGCAGCUGGAGCAAAGAUUACAGGAGGCAGAGAGGCACCGCACCUCAGCCGAGGAGGGAACCAGACGCUUCAAGCUGGACUUCGCCAACAAGGCCGACAGCCUGCAGCGGCAGAUUGAACACAGAGAAAAGCAACUCCAACAGCUGGAGACGGACCUGAAGAUAGAGAGGGAGUGGAGGGUGACGUUACAGAACGAUCUCGACAGAGAGAGAGACACGGUGGCUCAGCUCAGCACCGAGGCGCUGCAGAUCAACGGACUAAAGAAGGAGUUUCAUCGCCUCCACGAUGAAAACAUUCAGCUGAAGACCAUCUGUGAGGACCAAGAACAAGCUCUCGAGGAGCUGGGAUCCAAACUGAGGGAAUCCAAAUUAAAGAUUGAGGACAUCAAAGAAGCCAACAAAGCUCUUCAGGGGGGGCAGGUUUGGUUGAAGGACAAGGAGGCCAGCCACUGCAAGCUGUGUGAGAAGGAGUUCUCCAUCUCACGACGGAAGCACCACUGCAGGAACUGUGGGGAGAUUUUCUGUAACAGCUGCUCUGACAAUGAGCUCCCUCUGCCUGCCUCACCAAAACCCGUCAGAGUGUGUGACACCUGCCACGCCCUCCUCCUCCAGCGCUGCUCUUCCAAUCCGACGUGAAGUGGCCUUGCUCCGCUGUCCUGACCACUUCAAACUAUCUGAGACCUCACAACUUCUCUCUACACACCGCUGCUGCUGCUAGAAAUGGCCCACGUGCAUGACCAUUUACUACAUUUGAGAUGUCCUUAUUUACAGUUUUGAAUAGUCCCUCAUAGACAGCGAUGGCAUCAGUCUUUUCUUUUAGUGAGAGAGACAGAGAGGCAGUCAGCCCACAUCAACAAGUCUUACUUUGAAGUCUGAGUGAGAAUCUCCUUUACAAUCAUUACCCAUCCUAAAUAUCAGUUAACAGAUUAAACAUUUAUGGCAAAUUUCGACAUCAUUGACCUGUCUAUAUGUGGAACCACUUUACUUGAGUGAACCUGCACCGUGACGAGCACUGCUGCAGCUAAAUGCAGAUUCCCAGCCAAACCUGCAGUCCUAUGUAGUACGGCAUUGUCCUAAUGUAUUUAUCAGGCUUCAAACUGUAUACAGCCAAACACAUGAGGUAAUAUCAUUUAAUAUCGACAGUGUAACAUUUACACAGGCACAAAAUCCAACUUCAGUAAAUACUGAAUUGUAUUGUUUUGUUGACCUAGGGAAGAUCCUGUUUUUAUUACGGUUGUAACACAUGGCAACGAAGACUUUCCUGCAAACUUAUUCCAGACAUGUUUACAGCUCCAAGCUGAUUUUGCUCUGUUGACACUAUGACCUAAACUAGUGGCUUUCAAAGGAACUGAACCUGUGCUUUUGUGCUUGUGUAAAUGCAGUGAGUCUUACUUACUUGUGCUUCUCAUGGUGCCAAAAUGAGCCCUACGUUCUACAGAGAGGUUUUCUGUAGAGAGACAUAUUCUACAGUGGCAACACUAGCCUGUUCUAGAAGAGGAAAGCACUGUCAACAGUAGCGGCACAUGUCGCCGUCUGAGACACUAAUCCAGUAGGAGCUGCUUUGAGGACCAAGACGAGCAACAGAUAGAAAACCAGCUCGUUCUUUAGUUAGUUAACCACUGACGGCCAUCUUAUACCAUGACCACUUCACUGACUAGUUAGUGGUAGAUGAGUGGUACACACUUCUGACACCAUAGCCACAAGUUUGAACACUUGCCAAUCCUAUAUUACCUGUAAUAUAGAGGAGUAUUUAUUUUUGAUUUUGUGCACAUUUAUUUUUUACUUUCAGAGAUCCAGGGAAACGUGUUUGAGCCUUCCCUGUGAGGUCAAUUGUAAUCUGUGCAGAUGGAGUGGUUAUUAUACAAGAACCACAUUUUACUGCUGCUCCCUUCCUGAGAGGGACAUGUUGAAUUUCUUAGAAAUGUUGUUCCUUUUUUUUAUUAUUUUAAAAUCUGCUGACUGUAAAGUUCAGUUUUCAGCGACGGGUUAUGAAACGAGUCCACUGCACAUUUUGAUUUUAUACUUAUAUACAAUGUUUACAACUUGUGAAAAAACUGGAAGUAUUAAUUUCCAUGAAGGCCUGGGUUCAUUUCAAUAAGCGUUUUUCAAAUAUUUAAAUCACACCAAUUAAUGACUAUAGGCAAACGUUUGUGAGUUGCACUCAGGCCUGAAUCCUUUUUGUACACAGUUGCGUUUAUAAAUCUCUUUCAGUGGGACUUGUACAGUGUGUUGUAUAUACACAUGUUGAUAAUCACCUUGGCCCUUUAGCUUACUAAAUCCUGCCAGUUCAAUAAUAACUAUUGCCAACGGUUUGUUGCCUUGACUGUAGCAGUUUGAUUAAAUCACGUUACAAACACCA